UGGACGCACAGCAGUUAAACGACAGGUGUUUUGUCCUGCAAUUGAAGUCGACCCACACGGACCACGACUGUGAGCUCUAAAGACAAGUUCAUUAAAGAUUUACUGUUGCAGAUGGAGUAAGAACACGCGAGAACAUUAAUAAUAUGAUACAUUUUUUUGUAAGAAGCUGAGUUUGUUCUCACAUCAACUGCUUUUCGGCUGUGAAGUUGGAUGGAGUGAUUGAUAUUUACAUCGAUCUGGUUUACUGUGUAGGGCAGCUGUGGGUUUUUGUGCACAAUGGAUUCAAGUAUUACAAGGCGAACAGGAGUUUUACUACUUAUUUUCACAUUUUCAAGUUUUCUGCACGGCUCUAGAGGGGAAAUCCCAACCCAACCAACCGGCGGCAGUGUCACGAUUUUGCCCCCGGUUAACCUAGAUAAUGCCCCCCAGGCCUAUCCAGACCCGGUAAAGGAAAAUAUGCCAGUGUUUACAAUGAAUUACCAAAGAAUACAGUUACCAUUUGAGAUUACUCUUUGGGUUUUGCUGGCUUCAUUCGCAAAGAUUGGUUUCAAUGUGUACCACAAGAUCACCAUCUGGGUGCCAGAGUCAUGCCUUCUGAUCAGCAUUGGUCUGAUAGUGGGUGGCAUCAUGUACUCUGUCCAUGAAGAGCCCCCCGCUGUGCUCUCCAGAAAUGUCUUCUUCCUCUACAUGCUGCCCCCGAUUGUCCUUGACUCAGGCUACUUCAUGCCAACCAGGCCUUUCUUUGAGAACAUCGGCACGGUGUUGUGGUUUGCAGUGGUGGGGACCCUGUGGAACAGCAUCGGCAUUGGCGUGUCUCUGUUUGCCAUAUGCCAGAUAGAGGUGUUUGGUGUGCAGGACAUCAACCUCCAGGAGAACCUGCUGUUUGCCACCAUCAUCUCGGCCGUGGACCCUGUGGCCGUGCUGAGCGUGUUUGAGGACGUGUCUGUGAACGAGCAGCUCUACAUCGUAGUGUUUGGAGAAUGCCUCUUCAAUGAUGCUGUCACUGUGGUGUUGUACAACAUGUUCAACUUUGUGGCGUUGAUGCCAGAGGUGGAGCCAGUGGAUGUUUUCCUCGGGGUGGGGAGGUUCUUUGUGGUGGGGCUCGGUGGGAUGGGCUUCGGCAUUGUGUUUGGCUUCGUGGCCGCCUUCACCACAAGAUUCACCUUCAAGGUCCGAGAAAUCGAGCCACUCUUCAUAUUCAUGUACAGCUACCUGGCCUAUCUGGUGGCCGAGCUCUUCAACAUUUCAUCCAUCAUGGCCAUUGUGACCUGUGCUCUCACCAUGAAGUAUUACGUGGAGGAAAAUGUGUCCCAGCGUUCCUGCACAACCAUCCGCCAUGUUGUCAAGAUGCUUGGCUCCAUCUCAGAGACGCUCAUCUUCUUCUUCCUGGGGGUCGUCACCAUAACAACAGACCAUGAGUGGAACUGGGGCUACAUCCUGUUCACAUUGCUGUUUGCUUUUCUAUGGAGAGGUCUCGGUGUCUUGGUGCUGACUCAGAUCAUUAACCCUUUCCGCACCAUCCCAUUUAACUUUAAAGAUCAAUUUGGUCUGGCCUACGGUGGUCUGCGAGGUGCAGUUUCCUUCGCCUUGGCCUUCACUCUUCCUGAAAACAUUGUCCGCAAGCAGCUUUUCGUCACUGCCACUAUUGCUAUCAUCCUAUUCACGGUCUUUCUUCAGGGCAUCAGUAUUCGACCUUUGAUUGAGUUAGUCAAUGUCCGCAGAACCAACCGCAAUCUUGACACUAUCAACGUAGAGAUUCACUGCAGGCUCAUGGAGCACACAGUAGCUGGCAUUGAGGACCUCUGUGGACAGUGGAGCCACUUUUACUGGAAGGACAAGUUUUUGAAGUUUAACAAUCGAAUCCUGCGGAAAAUCCUGAUCCGAGACAACCGGGCCGAGUCCAGUAUUGUGGCGCUGUACAAGAGACUGGAAUUGCAGAACGCCAUGGAGAUCCUGGACAAUGUGUCUGGAGACAUCAGCGCUACUCCGUCCAUCGUCUCUCUCUAUGAGGAAAAGAAAAGCUCUGCUAAGCCUAAGAAGAAGUUCCUGGCUACUGACGUGAAGAACAUGCAUGACAUCCUGUCCAAGAACAUGUACAAGAUCAGGCAACGGACGGUGUCAUACACAAAUAAGCAUGCCCUGCCCAAUGACAGCCACAGCAGAGAGAUAUUGAUGAGACGCCACACCAGCAUCCGCCGCAGCCUCCGACCUGGCAGCUUUCAGUCAUCGGUGGUGCCCAAAUACUUCUCUCUUCCUGCUGGGAAAAGUCUGGACACAAAAUAUCCUCCCAGGAGGCAAAUCUAUACAGAUGAUCUGGAAACAAUGUCAGAGGUGGUCUACCACUCCAGACCCUCUCGGUUUGGCAAGCCAGCACGCUCCUCUUCCAGAGCCAUGAUGCCUCUACGCAGGCUGGACACCCUAACGGAGGCGCCCUCUGUUAACCUGCUGGAUGAAAGCACAGGGGAGGAGAGAGGCAGCUCAAGGCGCGGCACGUCCAGAACAAACUCCUCCUCCAGUGAUUCCCACAUUCCUGCUCCUCACCGUCCAUUUCACUCCUCCGUUGAAAAUGACAGCAGCUCAGCUUAUAACAUUAGAAGUGGGCAUCAUGAAGUGGAAGAGGAGCAGCAGCAGCAGCCUCCACCUCCAGCCUGGGUUGCUACACCCAGAGACAACGCAGCACAAAACCCUCUUCUCAGACGGCCUCAGUGGAACCCCAAGAAGAUGUAAAAGAGUCUCUGGGCUUUCAAGAGCAGCUGGACUACCAUAGAGUCUUAAAAAAAAGUACAGACCCAUUUAGUUAUGUCAACUUAUUUCUUUGUUUUAACUGAACGAGCUUAUACAAGUUGUGGAUUUUGA